AUGGCGGCUGGGCCGGGCCCACGCUCCAAAACAAAGGGCAGGCAGCCCGCGGGGCGGCGGCAGGAGGAUGCCUGGCGCCGGGCCAGGGCGCCAACGGCCAGAUCGCGUCCCCGGCCCCACCGGGACCGCCUGAGAGCCGAGCCCGUGCCGACCGAGCUUGGGCCGGAUGGGCGCUGCGGACCGGGCCGCGGACCGCCGAGCGGCCUGUUUCUUUUGUCAGAGAGUCCGACAGAGCCGUAGCUCCUCCAGAGCUGGCCCGGAGCUGAGUGGCGAGCGCCCAGCAGACAUGGUGAAAAUGACCAAGUCCAAAACGUUCCAAGCUUACCUGCCGCACUGUCACCGCACUUACAGCUGCAUCCACUGCAGAGCCCAUCUGGCCAAUCAUGACGAGCUCAUCUCCAAGUCCUUUCAGGGAAGUCAGGGACGAGCCUACCUCUUCAACUCUGUGGUGAAUGUGGGCUGUGGCCCUGCUGAGGAGAGAGUCCUUCUAACCGGGCUACAUGCCGUGGCUGAUAUCUACUGUGAGAACUGCAAGACUACGCUCGGGUGGAAAUACGAACACGCCUUUGAGAGCAGUCAGAAGUACAAGGAAGGGAAAUUCAUUAUUGAACUCGCCCACAUGAUCAAAGACAACGGCUGGGAGUGAGCAAGCGCCCCCUCCCGUCUGCACGCUGUCAUGGAAGCUGGGUAGAAGUAAGACCUAGGUUCUUGCCGACAAUACUUCUUGAACUUAAGCUCGCAGGCCAGUUUGAACACUUGAAGGCCUCUCUCUAGGCUGUCCACUCGGGUAAGGUGCCCCAUCUGCCCCUUCAUGUACACUGCUGUCCCUUGAAGUUUGCAUUCUUUUUCUAACUUAAGUUCUAGAGAAAGAAUUAACCAACUGAUGACUCACCUGAGUUAAUACCGUCUUUUACCCUACGCCUUCAACAUAGUGUGGCUGUGUUUUCACCAAACCAAGUCCCUAAAAGCACAGAAGCAGCGUCUCCUUCACAAGCAAAGGUGUAGUGAGCAGCAGUAGUCAACAGAGUGAAAUGUGGAGGAUGUUGCUUCAAGCACUG